UGGCUAACCAGCUGCCUGGGGUUAGUGUAGCAACAGCGACGGUGAGGUCAUCAGGCGUUGGGCCGUAUGGCGGGCGGGGCGCCGCCGGCGAGCGUCUUCGAUGCGGCGCGGCCGGCCUUGGAGAGCGGCGGCGGCGGCGGGGGCGCGCCGCCGCCCCCCGGGGCCGCGGACGCGAGCUUCGACACCAACAUGGUGAUCAUCCUCGCGGCGCUCUUCUUCGCGCUGCUGUUCGCCAUCGGGCUCAACUCGCUGGCGCGGUGCGCGCUCCGGUGCGGGGGCCGGGGCCCGCCUGGCGGCGGCGGCGGCGGCGAGGCGGCGGUCGGGGUGGCAUGCGGCGGUAGCGGCGGCGGCAUCAAGAGGCGCGCGCUGAGGAGCAUCCCGGUGGAGGUGUACAGCGGCGGGGAGGAGACGGCGGGGGACGUGUGCGCCAUCUGCCUCGGCGAGUUCGCGGACGGCGAGAAGGUGCGCGUGCUGCCGCGGUGCGGGCACGGGUUCCACGUCCGGUGCGUGGACGCCUGGCUGGUCUCGCGCGGAUCGUGCCCGACGUGCCGGCGGCAGGUGAUCGACGGCGGCGGCGGCGGCGGCCGUGCCGUCUCCCGGAUAGCCACGCCGCCGGACAGCGACACCAUCGCGGUGGUCGUGGCAUGAGGGUGCACCGUGCACAUCGACAAAUUAACACGCCAAGGCAGUAGUGGUGGUGGUAGUCUUCUUCUCCUAGCAAGCUUAGCUCCAAGGCCCUUCGAAAAUAUCUCCCGCUCCGGAUAUUUUUCCGGCGACGGCUAGUGACUAGUGACUCAGCCGGCCUCUUGCGGCGAAUGUAAUUGACAGGUGCCCAGUUGGUCAAAUUGGUCGCUGUACACAGUACACGUUCGACGUCGUCGUCGUCGAAACAUUUGUACCACUAACAUUCUACGAUCAUGUAAAAAACGCUGUUACAAUACUUACAUAUGCAUAGUCGCGUGCGCACGCAUUCGAUCCGCGCCCCGGACGGCCGGCCGGCCGUCGUGGGGAUCGACUUCCGCCGGAGUCCGAGAAGAUCGCGCGCGUGGGCCCCGAGAGCCAGCCAACGGCAUUG